AUGGACUCGGAGCACUGGAUCUCGCGCCUCGCCGCCGCCAAGCGCUUCUACGCCGCGCAGCUCGGCCACAUCGACGAUAUGGCGGGGAUGGGGAUGGAGGAAGUGGACAUGGACAUGGAGGACGACGGGGAGAUGGACAUGGAGAUGGAGAUGCAGCUGGAGGAGGCAAGAUGGCCGGAGGUCGCCUGCCCCUACUGCUACGAGGACUACGACCUCGGCUCCCUCUGCGUCCACCUCGAGGAGGACCACCCCUACGAGCCACACCCUCAGCCUUGCCCCAUCUGCUCUGAAAAGAUUACAAGAGAUAUGCUAAAUCAUAUCACCAUGCAUCAUGGUUACUUGUUCAAGAAUGGCAGCCGGUUGCGCAGAUUCGUUAUUCCCGAGCGCCGUGCACUUUCUUUACUGAGCCGAGAUCUACGUGAUGCUCAUUUGCAGGCGCUUCUAGGAGGCGGUCAUAGUCAUAGGUCAAGGAACACCACCACUGCCACUACAAAUAUCUAUGCUGAUCCACUGCUUUCAUCGUUUGGCCUGGGUUUUGCAACAUCAGAUGCCGAAGAACCAUCGAAAUCAUCAGUUCCGGUUCUCGAUGAUACUUCAAUUCUUAAGGAGGCGCCUCCUCAACCUUGGGAAUCAAGCAUUGACUCGUCCCUCACAAGCGAGGAAAGGGAAGAAAAGCGGAAACAAGCCACAAGCAGGGCGACCUUUGUGCAAGACCUGGUCCUCUCCACUUUAUUUGGAGACGACUGA